AUGGAGAGCACCAACACCAACAUCGGCAGCUACCUCUUCUCCAAUUUCCCCAUCAGCUGCGGCGGCGCCGCCACCAAAAACCCUAGAAAGAAGCGCCCCAAGCUCCUCCGGCCGUCGCCCAAACCCGCCGCUAAAAUGACGCCGCCAUGCACCGAAUGCGGCCGCCGCUUUUGGUCCGACAAGGCCCUCUUCGGCCACAUGCGGUGCCACCCCGAGCGCAAGUGGCGCGGCAUCACCCCACCGCCUGCCCCCGACCCCACUUCGCUCACCGAGGAGGAUCGCGACGUCGCGGAAUUUUCAGCUGAUCUGUCUCGAUUCUGUGUGAACUGCGUAUGA